AUGCAUGCAGGAAAAAGUAAUUUUCAAAACUACAUUGCUUACGCAGACAAAAGCAUUCGUGACGCACACUGUUACGGCAAAUCCGAUGCCGCUUGUCUUUCUUCACUGUUUGCCAUCACAACAGAACGUGUGUACCCACAUCAACAAACUGCGCGAUAUCCCGUAAAAAUAUUCAUUGUGAGAAGAAAGUUCAAGCAAUGCUGCAGUGAAGAAGCUAAUUGGCCGUUUUUUAUUCUAGACCGCUUACUUGCACUUCUGGGUCUAUAUCUUAUCACAAAAUUGACGUUGCAAUCUUCAUUGAGUGGGAUUUCACUUCAUUUUUAUGUGCUUCAAUCAAAGGUGGGAAGUAAAGGCGUUGAUAUUGAAGUUGUCGUGAUAAGUUUCAGUCAUGAUAAAAAUUGCCAUAGACCCACUUUCAUGAGAUUCACUCGUUAUUCAUCUAAACAACGUCAUAAGUUCUCAUAUGCUCCUGGUCAUAAAUCUCAAAUCAAUCGAGUCCCUUUACUCCUAUGGAAAGUUAUUCGAAGUUAUUUUUCAAAAAAAAUUUUGGAAGGUGUUUUCAUUUCUGAAACAUAUGGUUUAAUUCAUAAGAGUCCCUCUGGAUACUCAGUAUUCCUUACAUAA